GAGUGGUUCCAACUGUAACACACAGGCGACUGUCAAGAGCUGGAAGUGCAUAAUUUCCAUUGAUCUCCGUUCUGAUUUUUCCCCAUGAGAUAACAGAUUUUCAGCUGUUUGUUUCUGUUGACAUGCAGUUUGAAGGUCAAAGGCAUGCAUGCUAAACUAAAUGAGAAAAGAGGGAACCAUAGACACAGACCAUAUUAAUGCUGAUGAUCAGCCCAAGAAUGGCCUCUGGUAUGCAAGAGAAACAGCACACGCCAUCUUUGCUUAGUUUUUUCAUCUAUAACCCGAAGUUUGGACCACGUGAGGGGGAGGAGGAAAAGAAAAUCUUGUUUUACCACCCCAUAGAAAUAGAGAAGAAUGAAAAGAUUCGUAAUGUUGGACUCUGUGAGGCCAUCGUUCAGUUCACCAGAACCUUCUGCCCAACCAAACCUGCUAAAUCACUCCACACUCAGAAGAACAGACAGUUUUUCUAUGAGCCAGAGGAGAAUUUCUGGAUGGUCAUGGUUGUACAGAAUCCAAUGGUAGAAAAACCCAGCAAAGAUGGUAAACCACCAACUGUCGAAUACCAAGAGGAAGAAAUUAUUGAUUCAGUUUAUGGGUCGGUAUUACAGCAGUGCUACAGCAUGUAUAAGCUCUUCAACGGCACAUUCAGCAGGGCAUUUGAGGCUGGUGGCGUGGAACUGCUCACUCAAAAGCUUGAAAAGUUCUUUUACAGGUACCUGCAGACGCUUCACCUCCAGUCAUGUGACCUGCUGGAUGUGUUUGGGGGAAUCAGCUUUUUCCCCUUGGACAAGAUGACCUACCUGAAGAUCCAGUCUUUUGUUAAUAAAACAGAGGAGAGCCUGAGUCUGGUCAAAUACACUGCCUUUCUCUACAACGACCAGCUGAUCUGGAGUGGUCUUGAGCAGGAUGACAUGCGUAUUCUGUACAAAUACCUGACAACCUCACUGUUCCCACGGCACACUGAACCUGAGCUUGCAGGAAGGGACUCUCCUCUCAGGCCAGAGGUGGCUGGGAAUCUGUUGCACUACGGGAGAUUUUUAACAGGACCCACAAAUCUUAAAGACCCAGAUGCAAAAUUCAGAUUUCCCAGGAUAUUUGUGAACACAGAGGACAGUUAUGAGGAGCUACAUUUAAUUGUUUACAAGGCAAUGAGUGCAGCUGUGUGCUUCAUGGUAAAUGCAACAGUGGAUUUAAGUUGUGAGUUUUGUGAGCAACUGGACAGCCUAGUUGGUCCCCAACUCACCCUGCUGGCCUCUGACAUAUGUGAACAGUACAACAUCAACCGGAGAAUAUCAGGGCCAGAGAAGGAGCCUCAGUUUAAGUUCAUCUACUUCAACCACAUGAACUUGGCUGAGAAAAGCACCAUCCACAUGCGCAAGACGGCCAGCGUGUCCCUCACCUCUGUCCACCCAGACCUCAUGAAGAUCCUCGGAGACAUCAACUGCGAUUUUGCACGGGUUGAUGAGGAUGAGGAAAUCAUUGUUAAAGCGAUGACGGAUUAUUGGGUCGUUGGCAAGAGGUCUGAUCAGAGGGAGCUAUACGUCAUCUUGAACCACAAGAAUGCCAACCUAAUUGAAGUGAAUGAGGAAGUGAAAAGGCUGUGUGCAACACAAUUUAAUAAUAUUUUUUUCUUGGACUGAAGAGAAAGGAUGGGCAUGGACUACUUCAAUCACUACACUAAAACUGUCAACUGUUCAGGUUUUACUGAUUGCACCAGUGUAAUGCAAUAAUUGCAUUGUAAAAAAUUAUUUUUCACCAUGCAGUUUUUUAGAUUUUUAUUUAAUCUAUACAAAAAUGUGCUGGCUUCUUUGUAAUUGAUUGUAAAAUCUGAAUGUUACUGAGAGUGAAUGACUUCUUUCUGUGUUUGUUUGUACAUAUUAUCAUGUUAAAGUAUCCAUCAGUUAUCUCAUUUCAUUCUCGUUGUUUAGAUUAGUUUUAUCACUCACAGAAACAAUUAAGUUGACUUUAAAACAUUUUGAUUGUUAAAGCUAUAUUUGGGUCUUAUUUUAAAUGUCAUACUUAUCAUGCUUUGUUAACAUCCAUGACAAAUAAAUGUACAUUUUUGUUAAAUUUAAGUUGCUGUUCUUCUUCCAGUACUCCUCACUACA